UAUCAAGUUUUCGUCGUGGAUACAUCGUCGCUGUAGAGUGUUUUCAACGUGUGACGCGGAAUGCAAAAAGAAAAAAUGUAGCUUUUAUUCCGUUUUUACUAAAUUUGUUAUCAUAAGUCGGACAUUUACAACUCGGGAGGACAGGGAGCUGUGUUUUCCCUAAUAGAAAAACGACAAAAUUUACUGCGUCGUAGAAGUGAAUGAAGUGUAUUUUGCAAAAGUUCUGCGUUCUGCUAGAAGAGAACGAAAAUUUUAUCCGGAUGUGCUAGUGCAAAUAAAUGCAGUGAGUGAUUUAUAUUGAAAAAAAUUGCUCUGGAAAAGCAAAUUACAGUGGUUCCUGUUGUAUCAGCUACAUUAUCUCCGACAAAUUCCGUUCUGUUCUUGAGACUGUUGUUUGACGGCAGGAAAAGAGAAAAAGAAAUCAAAAUGGCGCGUCAUCGUACGUGUUUUAUCGUUUUGACAAUGAUGCUGGUGUGUCUUCAAGGGUCAGAUGCUCAUGCCGUUAGACAUGGAUUUCCACCUGAUAUUCUGCAUGUGGAUUAUGACGAAAAUGCUGCGGAACGUUAUUUUGUAAUAAACAGAUUUAGCAAAGAAACCGGAGCCGAGGAACACACUUUGAACCGAUUAAAACGCAGCCCUGCUAGUACCGGUUCAAUCAGUGGUUCAACAACUUCUUCGCUGCCAACGACCGGAGCCUCGGGAAAGGAUAGCAAAAAUUCUGUCCAGCCAGUGAUCGAGGCAAAGGUGAAUAUGCUAAACGAUUCACAUGCUCAGCUGAUUGUGCACUGGCUUGGCGAAGGUACGAGCGUGAUGAUUUGCUUGGCACGAGAACCACCAGCUGACAACGAUGCCAAAGCACCGCCUCCGCAGCCAUCGAAGAUAUUCGUUUCAAAAGACUAUGGCGACACCUUUGAUGACCAAACGGCCAUGUUUACACUCGACAUCAAUGGGACAGCUGUGAGCUCAACAGUGGAGCAAUUUUUCACACAUCCUAAAUUUAACACGAUAGUUUUCACCGAUCCGAGGAAUAAGGCAAUUUUUACCUCGGAAGACUAUGGAAAAUCGGUUAUGGUUCGGUUGCUAAACUUCACUCCUUCCGACGUAACUUUCUACGAAGCGGAUACGAAAAUGAUGCUUAUCCUCGAUAAGAAGGAUCCCGAGCGUAAGCUCUACUACUCAACGGAUUUCGGUGCAUCUUUCACACUUUUACAAAGCUAUGUCAAAUCCUACAUCUGGUCGUCUGGCGAGGGAGUACCGAUUCAUCUCUAUGUGGAAAGAAAGGAGCCAACCAAUACAUCCUCCGUUAUUUUCUACAACGCAGUCACUUUGCGCAACAACACCAAUCAGUUCAAUGUUUUAAUUGAAAAGGUAGAGGAUUUCCAUAUCAAAAAGGAUUUCAUGUUUGCGUCCCAACGGUUGCCAAAUAGCACGCAACUACUCAUUUCCUACAAACGUGGUAAGUUUGUGAAAGCAGACUUCCAGACCGAACUGGAUAUGAAAGGUUAUCAUGUGGCCGACGUUGAUGGGCGCCGAAUCAUGAUUUCUGUGGUGCACACGGAACGAAUAGCGCAUUUGUAUGUGUCCGAAUCAAAUGCGGAUAUGACGGAUAUAAAGUUUGUUCCCAGUUUGGAAAACAUCUUUACCUAUGUGCCGGAGAUGAAUUGGCGGACGAGUUGGCUAGUUCAAUCGUCGGACGGUGCGUUCACGGACUUGUACAAGGUUGAAGGAUUACGCGGAAUCUACAUUGCAUCAAAAAUUAAUCGUAUUCCAUUGAGCGAAACCAUUUCUCCGGAUGCAUUAAUAUCGCUUAUUACUUUCGAUCACGGGGCAUCGUGGAGCCCAAUAACCGCUCCAAAGACAGACGAUGAUGGAUUGCCUAUCCAAAACUGCCAAAAAGAUUGCAGUUUGCAUCUGUCUCAGAAGUUUAGCUCGCUCUAUCCGGUGACCAGAUCGGUAAGCAUCAUGAGUUCCAAAUCGGCACCUGGUGUAAUUAUGGCAUCUGGGGUGGUAGGAAAAUCACUCAAGGGGCACCCCGGUGUGUAUAUUUCCCGGGAUGCUGGUCUAACGUGGAAACAGAUACUUAAGGAUUACCACUUUUUCAACAUGGGCGACCACGGUGGAAUUCUGGUGGCAGUGAAGUAUUUCAAAUCGAAGGGUGAAACAAAUGAAAUUUUAUAUUCAACCGAUGAAGGCGAAAAGUGGAUGUCAACCGACUUUCAUUCGACUAAUUUAAAAGUAUAUGGACUGAUGACCGAGCCGGACACAAACACGACCAUUUUCACUCUGUUUGGAUCGGAGCAAGACGAGCACAGAUGGUUGAUUAUCAAAGUUGAUCUGAAGAAAGCCUUCACGUCCAAUUGUACGGAAGACGAUUACAAGUUCUGGACACCAGGACCCAAUGCGACCAUGCCGUGCGUUUUGGGUUUACAAGAUACAUAUCAACGAAGAAAGCCACAUGCCAACUGUUACAAUGGAAUCGACUACGAACGGCCAAUCAGACAGGAAAUAUGCAAAUGCCAUCACUGGGAUUUCGACUGUGAUUUUGGAUUUAGCCGAACUGCCACGAAGCACAACCCUUGCAUUCGAAACAAGACAGUGACAAAUUAUGAUCCGUACGCAAUUCCGAGCACUUGCAUGCCUGGCCAGUAUUAUAAACGUACCAAAGGAUAUCGUAAGAUUGAAGGAGAUGUUUGUAUUGACGGAUAUUCCACACAGUAUCUACCGCAGUCGAUUCCCUGCCCGAUGGAAGAACCGAAUGCUUUUCUCGUAAUCGCCCAAAGGGAUAAGAUCUCGCGCAUCAACUUAAGCAAUAGAACUAAGGAAGUGCUCCCUGUUUCUGGAUUGAAAAAUGUAAUUGCGAUUGAAUUUGACAUAAAACACAACUGCGUAUUUUGGGCUGAUAUUAUGACCGACGUGAUCGGUCGGCAGUGUCUGAAUGGCGAUCAACCACCGGAGCUGUUGGUGGAUACUGGACUGUCUUCGGUGGAAGGAAUGUCAUAUGAUUGGGUAUCGGAAUUGUUGUAUUUUGUAGAUGGAAUGCGUCUGAAAAUUGAAGCGGUCAAAACGACAUCACCACAUCUAGGAAGAAUGAGGAGAACAAUUAUCGAUGCACCAAAUUUGAACAAACCUCGAGGAAUCGUUGUACAUCCGUUGCAGGGCUACCUGUUCUGGACGGAUUGGAAUGCGCUGAGACCGUCGGUAUCGCGAGCAGAUUUGGACGGAACCGACAUAAAGGUUUUGUUCUCGAAGCCUGAAGUCGUUUGGCCGAAUGGGGUCACGAUUGAUUACAUCGCCGAGCGAUUGUAUUGGGUUGAUGCGAGCAAGGAUUACAUUGCCAGUAGUGAUUUGAAUGGAAAGAAUUUUAUCAAAAUUCUACAGCAAGAUUCUCGCGUAGCGCAUCCAUUUGCGGUGGCUGUGAUGAAAGAUCUCAUGUAUUGGGACGAUUGGAAAAUGAACUCCGUGUAUUCCGCCGAUAAGGAUCAUGGCAUUAUGAUUAACAUUAUCGCGGAGGAAAUGAUGAAUUCGAUGGAUCUGAAAAUCUAUGGUCAUGCUAUUCAGGAAGGAACAAACGCUUGUUCAAGUGGAAAUAAAUGCUCGCAUAUUUGUGUCGGUGCGCCGAGAGAAGGCUACAGUUGCUUGUGCCCAGAUGGCAUGGAAAAGAAUGCACAAGGACAGUGCCUUUGUCCAGGUGGUCUGACACCGUUUACCAACAAUACCUGUGCUCGUUCAGGAACCACCUGUGGUUCUAAGUUUUUCGAUUGUAAAAAUAGCAUUUGCGUACCAUUGAUCUAUAAAUGCGACGGAGAUGAUGAUUGUGGAGAUCGAUCGGACGAAGAGGGCUGUCCAUCGGACAAGCCUCCAUGUCCACCGUACAUGUUCACGUGUAAAUCAGACAGACAGUGUGUGCCGAAGUACUUCGUUUGUGAUUAUGAUCGGGAUUGUCUGGAUGGGUCCGAUGAACAGAACUGCAGGGGUUCCACAUGCAAAUCGGACGAAUAUACAUGUGGCAAUGGACGAUGCAUUAAUAAAAGUUGGCUCUGCGACGGAGAGGACGACUGUCGAGAUGGGACCGAUGAAGCAAAUUGUAACAAAAAUAGCACAACUUUCGUGGACUGUAAACCGGACGAGUUUCGAUGCAAUGGAACAAAUACCUGUGUCCCGAAGCAGUGGCGUUGUGACGCAGAACAAGAUUGUCAUGAUGGAUCAGAUGAAAUUAACUGCAGCAAGAAGGAGUGUGAACCAUGGAUGUUCAUGUGUGUAAGCGACAAUCGCUGUAUCUACAAGACAUGGCAAUGCGACGGAGAGAAGGACUGCAAGGAUGGCAGUGAUGAGAAGAACUGUAGCUUAUCUACAGAGGUGCCAAAGAAGCCUGGAAUUAACUUCCUUCCGGGCGAUUCAUGUCACGAUUGGAUGUUUAAAUGUGCCAAUGAUAAAUGUGUGCCAUACUGGUGGAAAUGUGAUGGAGUGAAUGAUUGUGGAGACGGAUCGGAUGAAGCGGGAUGUAAUUCAACGCAACCUGCAAUAAGUACUACCGCGAAGCCAAUGCCAACCAGAAAGAAGGAACACAAUUGUGGACUGCAUGAAUUCCGCUGCGACUCUGGAGAAUGUAUUUCGAAACGGUUUGUUUGCGAUGGGUAUAAAGAUUGCAACAAAGGCGAAGAUGAAGACAACUGUCCAACGCAGAAGCAGUGUAGCAAUAAGCAUUUCAGAUGUAACAGCGACGGCAUGUGUCUGCCGAUGGAAAAGUACUGCAAUAAUGUUAUAGAUUGUGCCGAUGGAAGUGAUGAAGAUUGCAAGUUUAAGCCAAGCCCGUCCUCCACACCUGGUAACAAUUGCACCAGCAGCCCUGGUGUGUUUGCUUGCGAUAACACAUGCUUUGCAUUGACCGCGCUUUGCGAUGGAAAACCCGAUUGUUAUGAUGGAAAAGAUGAGGAAAACUGCGACAAAACGAAGACCAGGCAUUAUCAGGUUACACAAAUUGGUGUUGACGAGCGCUCGCUCAAUUCCACCAGCUUCCUCAUCUUUUGGUGGAUUCCCCUGCCGCGGGACGUUACCUUCGAAUACUUGCCUUCCAUCUAUAACAAUGGAGAGUGGAAAAAUGUCAGCAACUGGAUCAACGAGACAGACUACCGAUUUACGAAUUUGAAGCCAUAUACUCCCUACAACGUAACCACGUAUGUGAGAGUUAAAAACCAAACCAAAAUCACACCUCCGUAUAUUUACUACCAAAUAGCAACCAGCGAAGGGAUUCCCAGUGCUCCUCUGAAUGUUUCUGUCGUUCAGCUAAAUGGUUCUAGCAUUCAAUUGACCUGGCAAGCACCAAACGAAGUGAAUGGCCAACUUCAAGGUUACACGAUAUACUAUAGUUGGCAGCCGCAGAUUGUUCGUGAACCGGAGCACGUGAAGGUAGGGGCAUCAGAAACCAGUUUCAUAAUCGAAACGGAAUUCAAGCUAGACAUGGUCUAUGCAUUUUGGGUGAGGGCACGCAAUGGGAAACAUGAAUCCGUUUCAUCAAAAAUGGUGCAGAUCAAAUUUGAUGGUACUUCUAAAAUAGAGAAAAUUAGCAAAAUUAAUGUGGUAAACAUUACGAAGAAGUCAGUCACACUGGAAUGGAAACAGGUCAACAAUGCUGAUGGUUAUAUGAUUCAACCAAUCUUACCUCAAUCGUAUCCACUUCUAAACUCAAUUUGGGUUAAAAAUUCUACGGUGACGUUAGAUAACAUGGUUCCCGGAACGCAGUAUGUCAUUAGGGUUGCUGCGUGCGUUAAGCAAUACGUUGGUCAGCAUGAAACAACUCUCGUUCAGUUCGGUGGAGAUCCACUGCCUGCUAUCAAUAUUAAUUUGAAGGAGCAGACCCAAGAUCAUUCUCUGCUUGAAUGGGACGAACCACAUGGCAGCUACGGUAAAUUGGUUUAUGGAAUCUACUAUGGUACCAAUAUGGAUCAACUUUUUGAAGCAUCCAGAAUCAAUACUACCGCUACCAGCUACAAAUUGACAAACUUGCGACCGUGUGAAUCAUAUGUGGUUAGCGUUGGAAUUGUAGGCCCAAUCGGCCCCGGUCCUUUGGGACGAAAUCCUCUCAAGCUGGAAACCCCCUAUAAUAAUACAUUGCCACCAAAGGAACUAACCGUUGAUAUUACUGGAACUAGUCACAACUCAUCUGAAAUGAUUAUCCAGUGGAAGCAUAGCUGCGCACUGGAAUCAACCAACCAUCCACAGUACAUUAUCUCCGUUCGCGAACUUACGAAAAAUAUAACAUCGUCGGUGAAUGUGCCAGCGUCGGUUAAUAAAACUCUGGAGCAUGUGUUCCGUAGUAUACCACUAGGUGCUACCUACGAGAUUUCCGUUUCGACGAACGUUCCAAAUGCCCAGCAGGUAUCUACGUUUGCCUACUCGCAUCCAUUACCUGCACCUUCGCGAUUGAAGGUAUAUCUAGGAAUCAACGGGAGUUACGUUGUUAACUGGAAGCCAGUAAACGAAUUUAAGGAUGUUUCAUUCACCUAUCAAGCAGUGGUAUAUGAAGGCAAAGGUGUUAAUAAAACCAUUCCACCUUUGGUGACGUUAGACAGCAAGGAACCACCAAUACUCCUAAAUCCAGAACGUCUAGCCGGGCUGUUAACGGAUAGCAUGUUCACCGUUGGAGUGAGAUUGAAGACAGUCGAUGGAUACUAUUCCGACAUUGUCGAAAUGGAAUAUUUAGCCAAGCAUGAUUUCCAAGGUCUAGUACAGGAGUCAUCAAUAUCAUCUGCCUGGUUGUGGAUAGUGCCUACGAUAAUAGCGAUGGUGCUAGCCGUGACCGUAGUGUAUGUGGUGCAAAGGCAUCGACGGUUGCAGACUUCGUUCAGUCGAUUUGCUAAUUCACAUUACGACACACGGACGGGUGCUACACGUAUUGGUGACAGCUUGGAUGACGAUGAACACGAACAUCAGGAGGUGCCUCGAAGCUUCUCCGAUGAUGAACCGCUUGUUAUCGCAUAAGUAGAAAAACUUCCUGGGGCGGAAACUAGAGGAAAAAAUUACUGAAACGCUUGUGCAACUUUCUGCUCAUUUAGUUGAAGAAGGAAAGAAAUUCGUAAUAAGUUAAAUAACUAGGAACGAACUAUUAAACACGAGUCUGGUUAAGUUUAGGCUGGGCUCGUUUUGUCUGUGAACAUUGCAUAUAACUUUUUAAAUAGUAACGAAGUUUAAAGUCCUAAAAACAAAAGACUAGUAAUUGUGUAUUUAUGUUGAUUUUAUUUUGAUAGGUUUAUUUAAUUAGUUCUAUUGUACAUUUUUUGAAAUUGUUUUUCUUGUAUAAAAGAUUUCUUGUAACAUAUACAGUAAAUAAUAUUAACAAACUAAGACUAUUUGCAACGCGAGAUUGAGAUCAUAUGAAUGAAAGAGAUAGGUACAUAAAGUGACAGAGAGUAAAAUAGUAAAUAGUAAAAUUUAUAUGUGUAUGUAUUAGUCGAGAAAAAAGAAGAAGAUAUUAACACUCAAAACAUUUGUAGUGAUUGUGUAGUUUGAUACGAUACAGCGCGAUUGAAAGAAAAACAAAUAACGACCAUUGAAAACCAGCUUUACUGAAAACAGAUACGCUGACAGGAGGCUUCUGUUGACAAGAUAAGUAGGCACACAUCCUCCAUUCAGAUGAGUGUAAAGUACAUUUUACGAUUUCCGAUGGGUAUUACAUAUGUCCGCAAAUAUUCCACGGCAUUUGUAUGGAUGUACUUUGAUCGACAUUCACAUAUUCAAACCAAACAUGUUUCAGGAACAUCACAGAAUAAGUUUUGUUCUUUAUCUCAAGUAGCUUUAACAAGGGUAGCAAUGUUUCCGAGGAAAAGCAAUUCUGUUUAAAGUCGAUAAAUCGAACCUUUAGGGUUUCGUAAAAAUGUGCUAAAAUGGAAGAAAACAGUAAAGACAAAGAUUAAUGAUAGUAAAUAAUGAUAAAAAAUAACAAUAAGUUACUAUAACAUGAUGAGCGAAAUAAACAAAUGAAGGGUAUACGCAAAUGUUUGGACUGUGUUUUUCCUCGUGAUUUUUUGUGUAUAAUUGAGUGUGAAACAAUGAAAGUAUAAGAUGUAAGAACUACGAGUGAAACAUGGUAAAGAAAAAGUUCCAUUUUGGUUUUCCUACGCAAAUCUUCCUGCUAUUUAAUCUGGUUGUUUUCUUUAAUUAUAGUGAGUCGUUCCAAAAAGGGAGAAAGUAAAGAUAAGUAGCGAAGGAAUAACUUAUAACAUCAUAUUGAUAGUAAUGUAACAAUACUUGAUACAUACUGAUAGUUUGCAUCAAAGAAGUGACGUGAUCAUAAACAUGAAAUUGAAACAAAAA